UCUCUCAACCUCCAGGCGUGCCAGUCUGAGUUGCGCCUCUUCUCGCUCAACUUUUUUUUUUUUUCAUUCUGGUUACAACUCCUCUGCAGCUCUCACUUUUUUAUUCCCUGGCAGCGGAGGGAUGUUCCCUGGAAGGAGAUUACACCCCAGCUGAACAUUCUCACCUUGGAAAGUUUAGGGCUGAUAACUUCUCGGAGACUUUGUGAAUGGGGAGCGUUUGGGGAGACUUUUACGCAUCGAGCUGUGACGCACGGUUAGGUGUUUAAAACUUUUUUCCCCUCUGUUGUGUCACAUCUACAUCCUCAUUUUCUUCUUUUUCUUCAAUGGAAACAGAGUGUUUUGAGGAGACUCUUACUGAUCGAAUCUCUAGAGAGAAAGUUUGGUGAACUUGUGCAAAACCGAACUUAAUUAGAUUUUUUUUUUUUUUAAUUCUACCGCACAGUCCAACAGCCCGUCUUGACGUUUUUUUGUUUUUUUUUUGCAGGAUCCUCACUUCCACAGCGUCUACUUUCCUGCCGCGGAUUUUCAAUUAAACUUCUGUUGGAAGUAAUUUCAGUGGAUAUCAUGCCUCUGACAGGGCCGGAGAAGCGCGCCGCGCUCUGCCGGUUUUGGGCUCUGGUUUUCGCGUUGCUGGUGUGCGCUGCGUCGGUGGAUGGAUGCCCACACAAGUGUAGCUGCUCCGGGUCGCAUGUGGACUGCCAGGGUUUGGGUUUGAAGACUGUACCAAAAGGAAUACCGAGGAAUGCCGAGCGCCUGGAUUUGAACAGAAACAACAUCACCAGAAUCACUAAAGUGGACUUUUCUGGCAUCAAGAACCUCAGGAUUCUUCAUCUGGAGGACAACCAAAUCAGUGUUAUCGAGAGAGGAGCCUUCCAGGACCUCAGACUGCUGGAGAGACUUCGCCUGAACAGAAACAAACUCCAGUUUCUCCCAGAGCUUCUCUUCCAGUCCAACCCCAAACUAGGACGACUAGACCUCAGUGAGAACCAGAUCCAGGCGGUUCCGAGGAAAGCUUUCAGAGGAAUCACCAGCGUCAAGAACCUGCAACUGGACAGCAACCACAUCAGCUGCAUCGAAGAUGGAGCUUUCCGAGCGCUGCGCGAUCUGGAGAUUCUCACCCUCAACAACAACAACAUCACCCUCAUCCCCCUGUCCAGCUUCAACCACAUGCCCAAGCUGCGGACACUCCGUCUGCACUCCAACAACCUCCACUGUGACUGUCACCUGUCCUGGCUCUCUGAUUGGCUCAGAGCCCGGCGGGGUUUGGCUCCCUUCACCCAGUGCAUGGCCCCCGCCCACAUGAGGGGCCUCAACGUCCCGGAUGUGCAGAAGAAGGAUUUUAUCUGUAAUGGUCCAGCACAGACAGAAUCGAGGACUUGUGUUCCUCAGGUGGCCGUGUGUCCACCCAGCUGCAGCUGCAACAACAACAUAGUGGACUGUCGUCGUAAAGGCUUAACUGAAAUCCCAGGAAACCUCCCUGAAGGCAUUGUGGAGAUCCGUUUGGAGCAGAACUUGAUUAAAAGUGUCCCAGCAGGAGCCUUUUCUGCCUACAAGAAGCUCAAGAGGAUUGACUUGAGUAAGAACCAGAUUUCUGACGUUGCUGCCGAUGCUUUCAGCGGUCUUCGCUCACUCACCUCAUUGGUGCUGUAUGGCAAUAAGAUCACUGAACUGCCCAAGGGGUUGUUUGAUGGACUGGUUUCCCUGCAGCUGCUAUUGCUGAAUGCCAACAAAAUUAACUGUUUGAGAGUCAACACCUUCCAGGACCUGCAGAACCUCAACCUGCUGUCGCUGUACGACAACAAGCUGCAGACGAUCAGUAAAGGACUGUUCGCACCUCUGCGCUCCAUCAAGACUCUUCACCUGGCCCAGAAUCCCUUUAUGUGUGACUGUCACCUGAAGUGGCUGGCAGACUACUUGUUUGACAACCCAAUAGAGACCAGUGGAGCACGCUGCAGUCAUCCCAGGAGGCUGGCUAACAAGCGAAUCAGCCAGGUCAAAGGCAAGAAGUUCAGGUGCACAGGUCAGGAGGACUAUCGCAGCCGUCUGAGUGGGGAGUGUUUCCAGGAUCUGGUGUGUCCAGAGAAAUGUCGCUGUGAAGGGACGGUGGUCGACUGCUCCAAUCUAAAACUGACCCGACUGCCUCCACACAUCCCUGAGCACACCACCGACCUGCGGCUAAACGACAACGAGAUUGCCAUCCUGGAGGCUACAGGGACUUUUAAGAAGCUCCCCAACUUGAGGAAGAUUAACCUGAGCAACAACAAGCUGAGGGACAUCCGUGAAGGUGCGUUUGAUGGAGCGGUUGGAGUUUUGGAGCUGCUGCUGACGGGGAAUAAGCUGACUGGGCUGCAGGGACGCAUGUUCAGAGGCCUCGGUGGCCUGAAAACUCUCAUGCUGCGGAGCAACCAGAUCAGCUGCAUUGACAACAGCACAUUUACGGGUCUGAGCUCGGUGCGUCUGCUGUCGCUGUACGACAACAGGAUCUCCAGUAUCGCCCCAGGAGCCUUCUCCACCCUGCACUCCCUGUCCACCAUUAACCUUCUGUCCAACCCGUAUGUGUGUGAUUGUCACUUGGCCUGGCUCGGUCAGUGGCUGAAGAAGACCAGGGUGGUCAGUGGGAACCCCCGCUGUCAGAAACCAGCCUUCCUCAAGGAGAUUCCCAUCCAGGAUGUGGCGACCCCAGACUUCACUUGUGAUGGUGCUGAGGAUAAUGGUUGUCUUCCUGCGUCUGGCUGUCCUGACGUCUGCACGUGCUCAGACGGCGUGGUGCGAUGCAGCAACAGAGGGCUGCACUCGCUGCCCAAGGGCAUUCCCAAGGACACCACCGAGCUUUACCUGGAGGGUAAUAUGCUGACAUCUGUGCCCAAGGAGCUGGCAGCCCUGAAGCAGCUGUCGCUGGUGGACCUGAGCAACAACAGCAUCAGCACAUUGGCUCCGUACACCUUCAGCAACAUGACUCAACUGGCUACACUCAUCCUGAGUUAUAACCAGAUUCGCUGCAUCCCCGUCCAUGCCUUCGACGGGCUCAAGUCACUUCGCCUGCUGACUCUCCAUGGAAACGACCUUUCAACUAUCCCAGAAGGAGCUUUCAACCACCUGACCUCUCUCUCCCACCUGGCUCUUGGUGCAAACCCCCUGUACUGCAACUGUGACCUCCGCUGGCUUUCUCAGUGGGUCAAGGCCGGCUUUAAAGAGCCUGGCAUUGCCCGUUGUACUGGACCUCCUGACAUGGCUGACAGACUACUGCUCACCACACCACUCAACAGAUUUCAGUGUAAAGGUCCAGUGGAUAUCACCCUGAUGUCCAAGUGCACCCCCUGCCUGGCAGCACCCUGCCAAAACAAUGGCACCUGUGUGUCUGAUGCUGUUGGAUCUUACCGCUGCACCUGUCCAUAUGGAUUCAAGGGUCAAGACUGUGAAAUACCCAUCAAUGCCUGUAUUAGCUUUCCUUGUUCUAAUGGAGGAACCUGCCACAUCCAGCCUGGACAUGAAGACCACUUCAGCUGUGUGUGUCCGCCAGGGUUCGAGGGCCAGCGUUGUGAGAUAAACCCCGAUGACUGUGAAGACAAUGACUGUGAGAACAACUCCACCUGCAUCGAUGGAGUCAACAACUACACCUGCAUCUGCCCACCCAACUACACAGGUGACCUGUGUGAGGAGGUGGUCGACCCUUGUCUCACUGGUUUUGAUCCCUGUCAGCACGAUUCAAAGUGCAUCCAUGUUGGCCGCAGUUACAGGUGCGAGUGUUUACCAGGCUAUGUGGGCCAACACUGUGAGCAGGACUAUAAUGACUGUCUGGAGAACAAGUGUCAACACGGAGCGGAGUGUGUGGACGCUGUCAAUGGCUAUACCUGCGUCUGUAAAGAGGGUUUCAGCGGGCUGUUUUGUGAGAACCCUCCGCCAAUGAUCUUGCUGCAGACGAGCCCCUGCGACCAAUCGGACUGCCAGAACGGCGCCCAGUGCCUGGUGGUUGCUGGGGAGCCCAUCUGCCGCUGCAUGCCCGGUUUCUAUGGCAACAAAUGUGACAAGAUGGCCACUGUUCACUUCCUGGGUCGCGACGGGUACGUGGAGCUGCCAGGCGCGAAGCUCCGUCCGACCGCUCAUAUUUCAUUACAGGUGGCUACAGAUAAAGACAAUGGUAUUUUGUUGUACAAGGAGGACCACGACCCGCUGGCGCUAGAGCUUUAUCAGGGACACAUAAGGCUCAUUUACGACAUCGCCAACUACCCACCAACCACUGUGUACAGUGUCGAGUCAGUGAAUGACGGGCUUUUCCACACAGUUGAGCUGUUGAUUCAGAACCGCUCACUGAGCCUGGUGGUGGAUAACGGCGCCCCCAAGAGCUUGGGCAAGCUAGCACGCCAGCCGUCUGUCGACCACAACACCCAACUUUACAUUGGAGGUGUACCAUCCCAGGUGGUGGCCUCAGGUCUACGUCCGGGUCCUGAACGCUCCCCUCAGGCUUUUAAUGGCUGCAUUCACAAUGUCCGGAUCAACGGCGAACCUCAAGACCUGAGUUACAGAUCCGCUGGAGGACGACCGCAAGCGGUCGGGAGCAAGCAGGGUGAUGGUAUUCUUGCCGGGUGUCAUUCCUGCAGUGUGUGUGCACAGGGUGCCUGCAGAGAGGGUGGGGAGACAGGGGUAACAUGUGAUUGUCCUCCAGGACGCAGCGGAGCCCUGUGUGACGAGAUGACGGCCACUAACCAGUGUCAGAACAGCAGAUGUGUCCAUGGCAUCUGUGUGCCAAAGGGUCAGUCUUACAGUUGCCAGUGUAAUGAAGGCUAUCAGGGUCAGUACUGUGACCGACGGCAGGAGCCUCCAGCCUGCAGGGGGCAUCGCUGUGGACGUGGGGAGUGUCGAGUAUCAGAGGAAGGAGAGCCGGUCUGCCACUGUCAGCCAAGAUACACCGGACCCACCUGCGACACAGAGCUCACGUGCCAAGGAGAAAUGGUGAGAGAGCAGCUGAAGCGCCACCAAGCCAUGAGAACAUGCACAUCCACCAGCAAGAUCCCCCGCAUGGAUUGUCCCAGAUCCUGCCAGGCUUCAGCGCCCCCUGGUGUCUGCUGCGGCAUCACCAAGAGCAGACGGAGAAAGGUGGUUUUCCGUUGCACCGACGGCACCUCGUACUCAGAGGAGAUGGAAACGGCUCUGGAAUGUGGCUGCUCCAAAUGCCCAUUGUAACAGUACAGCAGUUUGUCUGUUUGUUUGGGUUUUUUUGCAACACCCACCGCUGCCAUUGUGUGAAUUCUACACGUCAACGAGGCUGUCGCUCCGAGAUUUUCCCACGUUGAUGACCACCAGCAAUACGUGAUUUUCUUUACAUUUCCACAUCUUGUUUGACCGCUGCCAAUUUGCUGCCAGAGAGAAACCACAAACAAAAAUAAAAAUGGGACAUGUGUGCGUGUUUUUUUUGACAGAGAGAAAAUAUAUUGUAAGAUAUAAGUGAGAAAAAACAUAGAACUUAUUUUUAUUAUGGAUUUUGUUUUCUAAAAGAUGAUAAAAGGACUGAUGAAUUGUUUUUUUAAUAUGUUGAUUAUAUAAUGUGUUACAUAGUAUAAGAAAAGUUAUUUUGUACCUUGUAAGAAGAAAAAGUACACAGCAAAAUAGAUUAACAUUCCUUAUAAGUAUAUGAAUUUAUAUGUAUGUAUAAAUCUAUAUAAAUAUUUACCCUAACCCAAUGAAUUUUAUAUCUUCUAAGUGUAUUUGCAUGAUGUUAAUGUGAGUGUCGAUGUGUGGAAGGCUUUGGACACUGAGAAAGAGGAGCGCCGUUGAUUCCACACCGAGGAAAAGGUGGCAGUCUUUUGUUGCCCUCUCUCUCGGAGGCUAAAAGGGAACUGUAUGUGCCUAGCUAACCUGCUUCACUAUAUAAUGGACAUCAUCCUCACAUGUGAGUUCACAUAAAAGACUCUUUCCACAGAGCUGCUUUAACAGUUUGUUAAUAUUGUGAUAUUCUUUAGUUUGCUGUUGCUCGCCAGACUUGGAGCCACGUGAAGUUUGACAUGAAAAUCUGAAAGACAUCCGCUACUCAUCAGGAGUUUAUCACAAAUCAGGAUCUCCCAUUCAAAUAAACAACAGUGAAAGUCAUACUGUAAAUUCAGCUGUUAGCUGCUGAGAGUAAAACACACUUAGGCAAACCCUGAUGAGUCAUGAGGGCUCGUAACCAUAUCAUAGACCCAAGAGAAACUAACAUCUUUAAUCGCACUGCCCAUUCACAUAACUAUGAAGUUGUAUCCUUUGUAGAGUAACUUGCUCAGUGUAGUUGGUUAUGAUCAGAGGUGUGUUCUGGUUCAACUCUAGCCAGCAGUGAUGUGGUGUACUGACACACCCUGCAGUACACUCGAACAUCACUGGAGCACGUUGAGGUGUUAAACUACUGGAGUUAAACAGCAAAUACAACAUUUUCAACUAUUUAAGUUGCUCUUUCAGUGGCUGCUCAACAAGAUGACUUUCUGACUGUGCAAGAAUACAGUCACCACACCGACGUCGUCUGCAUUUGCCUUAAUGGAUAAGUUGAAUUAUACGAGUUCAAGCUCGUUUGUGUGCUUUUUUAGAUAUUCAAAAGUGAUGCUGCAAUAUAAUAAUAAUUUCAACAGCUGCUACUGACUGAUUGAUCAUUUUGGAUGGAUAUAGUUAUUGUUGUGUCACAUGUGACAAGUGACACCUUACUCCUUGAAAACACAAUCCAGAUUCUGUGGUGGCCUUCUUUAGCGCCUAAAGGAAAUGAUGCUCAACUAAAACUCUCCUGCUCCUGAUCAGAUUCUGUUUCAGUGCCCUAUGAACCACAGCAUUGAUGCAUCCUAUGUGCUUAUACGGUUUUAUUUUUUAAUGUAGCUCCGAUAUUUCUGGUUGAUGUGCAUUAAGGUGCACGUGAAAGAAAUCCACGAGAGAUCAAAAUUGUUUAAAGGUGAACUUUUUAAUGUUGAAAAUGUAUUGACAGUGUGGGGAGGAGGUUAAAAAGUGCCUUUCAGUUGUUGACCAAAAGACAAAGUGCUCCAGUCUGAUCACAGCAAACCUUCACAGUAAUGAUUCAGGUGCCUGCUGCAUUAAAAUAUCUUCUGUAACUGUGUCACGUGAAAGAAUCUGUUUUCAAGCAAGAAACUACAACACAGCUGAAGAAAACUUCAACACCAGUGCGGUUUUUAACUGCCCAUAGUUGACUAACACUAUUAAAAGUAUAGCAAAAGAAUAUGAUGUAACUACUACUGUACUGUUUACUUUAUACAUUGUUGCUUUGUUUACAACAGAUUCAAAGUAUCGCCACUCGUUUGCAGUUAAUUUACAGCUACAUAAUCUAGGGUUGCAACAUAUUAGUGUUAUUCUUGUCUGUUAAUAUUACAUUUCUGUUUCUUCUUCCUGAUCCUUCCCCCUGCUCCUUUUCUAUACAAUUUCUGCCUCCUAUUCCCGCUUCACUCCUGGUUUUCCUCAUGUCAUUCCCAUAAUGUCUCCACAGUUCCUUCCAGCUGCUCAUUUCCUUCAGCCCUCUUUUGUUUAGUUUUUUUUCUAAUUCUUUGCUUCUUCCCAUUAUCACAGCAGUUCAAACCUUUCCCUGCUACCCCCUUAUCUUUGCCUUUUCGCACCCUCAAAUCCUCGCCCUAAAGUCUUCAUUGUGAACAGAAUAAAACACCUCAGUUAUUAGUUAUUGACAAUAAAAAUAACUGUAAAGUCAGUCACUUCCAUUGUAUAGGUCCUAGGUUUAAAAACAUGAUUAUGUGAGUGAUGAUAAUUGAUACUUAUGUUGAAUGUUAAAAUUAAACUACCAUUGAAACUGUAUAAAA